AUGCGUCUAUUGUCUGUCUCAUCUCCGCAGCCUCCUCUCAUCCAGGCCAUCUUCAGCGGAGACCCUGAGGAGAUCCGAAUGCUUAUAUACAAGUCUGAAGACAUCAAUGUUCUGGAUGCUGAAAAGCGCACUCCACUGCACGCAGCGGCCUUCCUGCGCGAUGCCGAAAUCACCGAGCUCCUUAUCCUCUCCGGCGCCCGCGUCAACGCCAAGGACAACAUGUGGCUCACCCCCCUGCAUCGUGCCGUGGCGUCACGCAGCGAGGAGGCAGUCCGAGUGUUGAUCCGCCAUUCGGCCGACGUCAACGCUCGUGACAAAAAUUGGCAGACGCCUCUCCACGUAGCCGCCGCCAACAAUGCGCUGCGCUGCGCCGAGAUCAUCAUCCCGCUGUUGAGCAGCGUGAACGUGUCUGAUCGUGGCGGACGCACCGCCUUGCACCACGCUGCCCUCAAUGGCCACACAGAGAUGGUGAACCUCCUUCUCUCCAAAGGAGCCAACAUCAACGCUUUUGACAAGAAGGAUGGACGGGCAAUGCACUGGGCCGCUUUUAAGGGUCAUUUGGAUGUGGUGUGUUUACUGGUGAGCCAGGGGGCGGAGAUCUGCUGUAAAGACAAGCGAGGGUACACGCCUCUUCAUACGGCGGCGUCAAGUGGACAGAUAUUAGUGGUGAAGCAUCUGCUCAACCUGGCUGUGGAGAUUGAUGACUCCAAUGCCUUUGGCAACACGCCGCUACACGUAGCUUGUUUCAACGGCCAGGACGCCGUUGUCAAUGAGCUCAUCGACUAUGGCGCAAAUGUCAGCCAGCCAAACAACAAGGGCUUCACGCCACUGCACUUUGCCGCAGCUUCCACGCACGGAGCCCUAUGUCUAGAAUUCCUGGUGAACAACGGCGCCGACGUCAACGUGCAGAGUCGAGACGGGAAAAGUCCUCUCCACAUGACGGCGGUGCAUGGUCGCUUCACUCGCUCUCAGACUCUCAUCCAGAAUGGUGGUGAGAUCGACUGCGUGGACAAGGACGGCAACACUCCGCUGCAUGUUGCCGCUCGCUACGGCCACGAGCUCCUCAUCAACACGCUUAUCACCAGCGGAGCCGACUGCACCAGGCGAGGCGUCCAUGGCAUGUUCCCUCUGCACAUGGCGGCGUUGAACGCUCACUCGGACUGCUGCCGCAAGCUGCUUUCCUCAGGCCGGAGGUUUAGCAUUAUGUGUAACGACUCGGUCCUGUGUGCAGGCUUUCAGAUCGACACCCCCGACAGUCAGGGGAGGACUUGCCUGCACGCCGCUGCUGCAGGAGGCAACAUGGAGUGUGUCAAACUUCUCCUCACGAGCGGCGGCGACCACAACAGGAGGGACAACUGUGGCAGGACUUCGCUGCACUAUGCCGCUGCCAGCCGCCACUAUCAGUGUCUGGAGACGCUGGUCGCUUGCGGGACUGCCAUCAAUGCCACCGACAAGUGGGGGCGCUCCGCUCUGCACUACGCUGCGGCUUCAGAUCUGGACAGAAGGCGACGUGUCGCUCUGGAACCUGACAGUGAAGGAGUCCAGGCAGAGAGGGAGAAAGAGGCAGCGCUCUGUUUGGAGUUCCUGCUUCAGAGCGGGGCGACGGCCUCACUUAAAGACAAACAAGGAUACAGUCCAGUUCACUAUGCCGCCGCUUAUGGACACAAACACUGCUUGGAGCUGCUGCUGGACAGAGAUGAUGGUUACCACGACGAUCUUGAAUCCCCAGAUGCCAGGAGCCCCCUGCACCUUGCUGCAUACCACGGCCACGCUCAGGCCCUUGAGGUUCUGCUGCAGGGAGAGAGGGAGGUGGACCGGGUGGACGAAGCCGGCCGCACCCCCUUGGCCAUGGCGGCGCUUCGGGGCCACGCCGACUGCGUUCACAUACUCCUCAGCCAGGGGGCCUCAGCACGUACUUGUGACCCUCAGCACAGGCGCACCCCCGUGCACCUGGCAGUAAUGAAUGGUCACACGACGUGUUUGCGCCUCCUGCUGGACGAAUCGGACAGCGCAGAUCUCGCGGACAUCACAGACUCUCAGGGACAGACACCUUUGAUGCUCGCUGUGGUCGGGGGUCACGUUGACGCUGUGUCUCUCCUUCUUGAGCGGGAGGUGGACGUCAACAUGGCUGACAAAUACGGGAUGACCGCACUGCACCUCGGGUUGUUGUGUGGCCAGGAGGAGUGCGUCCAGUGUCUGCUGGAGCAAGAGGCAUCUAUUUUGCUGGGAGACGCGCAGGGUCGCACCGCGAUCCACCUGGCGGCGGCGAGAGGCCACGCUUCCUGGCUGAGCGAUCUGCUGAGCAUGGCCUGCCCCGAACCCGACUCGUUGCCUCCCCUCCGAGAUCACCACGGCUACACGCCGCUGCACUGGGCUUGCUACCACGGUCACGAGGGCUGUGUGGAGGUUCUGCUUGAGCAGAAGGGUUGUCGCUGCAUUGACGGGAACCCGUUCACACCACUGCACUGUGCUGUUGUGAACGACCACGAAGCCUGUGCAUCUUUGCUGUUGGAGGCAAUGGGAUCAGACAUCACUGGCUGCAAGGAUGCCAAGGACAGAACGCCCCUCCACGCAGCAGCCUUCUCAGGUCACGUAGACUGUGUCCAGCUGCUCCUUUCUCACGACGCGGCGGUUGACGCUGCAGACCAAUCGGGUCGCACUGCACUGAUGAUGGCGGCCGAGAGGGGCCGCGCCGGGGCACUCGAGGUUCUACUCAACAGCGCCACCAACUGCCUCCAUUACAUUGAUAAAGAUGGCAACACUGCCCUGCAUCUGGCAUGUAAAAAUGGAAAGGAAGACUGCGUUCUACUCAUCCUGGAGAAGUUAUCUGAUUCCACACAAAUAAACGCCACCAAUGCCGCGCUACAAACUCCUCUCCACCUGGCGGCCCGCAGCGGACUCAAACAGGCGGUCCAGCAGCUGUUGUCCCAAGGGGCCAACAUUCAGACGGUGGAUGAGAACGGUUUGACCCCCGCUCUGGCUUGCGCGCCCAGCCGGGAGGUGGCCGACUGCCUGGCGCUCAUUCUGGCUACCAUGAUGCCUUUCUGCUCCCCUUGCAGCUCCGGCGCCCCCUCCCCUGGCGCCCUGCUGAGGCAGCUGCCACUUAAGGGACGCAAAGACCCUGUCGCGUCCAACGCCCAGCGUGGCCCGCGCCGUACCAGGAACCCCUCGGGACCCUCCAGCGAGGGGACCACGGAGAACGACUCGGAGGAUUCGGAAACUUUCUGA